GUGAAGUGAGUGGAUAUCGAGGAAAUGAAGUUGAAUGAAUAUAUUAAUUGAUUUCUAGUACAUACAUUACCAAGAAUGAUUUGUGUUCCAUAACUGUGAAGUGAAAUGGCAUUUUCUAAUCUGUCAGUAUCAAAAUCUUCAACAGUCUUAGAACAAUUGUUGGAGGAAAUAAACUUCCAAAGAGCAAAGGAAAUGCGACAACUACUGAAAGAAGAUUCUGGGUUCGUGAUGUUACAAGGCACAACUUACUGGACGGAUUUAUUUGUGCGACAUUUCCUGUUCCAGAAUGAGUCGACUAUGGACUGUGAUGAUCUGCUGUUUUUCGUAAGGAAGAAACAUGUCAAAGGUUCCCCACGAUACCUGCCGAAAUUCGAGACUGAAGUGGACGUAUUUCGCAAAGACAGUCGCAAACUACCAAUAGGAGAUCCAGACAUUGAUUGGGAGGAGACCGUCUACCUGAACUUGAUUAUCCACCAGUUUGAGUAUACUCUUACCCUUGCCAUUUGUACAAGGACGAGUCCGAAAGAACUUCAAGUCCUGAAGAGGCACUCGCAGAAAGUAUACGCUUCACCAAGUAGAAGGAGAAUGGAUACAAAAGGAGAGGUUGAAGAGAUGACCUAUCCACACAUAUGUUUCAUGGUGGAUAAUUUCGACGAAGUUUUUCACGAUAUCCUUGUCAGGAACGGAGAAAUGGUUUGCGUCGAGUUAUUGGCUGCAGAUCGAUCUGGUAAAAUACAAGGUGUUAUAUUUUUGGGAUCGAUCAGAUAUGAUGCAUUGAAAAAAGUCUAUGACGCUAGGCAAUCCAGCCUCAGCACCAAAAUGGCCCAACGAAUGACCUUUGGCCUGUUUUCUGCGUCGACAACUCAGCGUUGCGAAUUCGUACGUAUGAAAGGGCCACAGGGCAAAGGGCAUGCUGAGAUGGCAGUCACUAAGCCUCAGGGCUCAGGAGUGGAGACACCUACCUCUGAGCCUGGAUUAUGCACAACUGAUACGUGGGACUCCGACUGGGAAGAGGAUCCUGAUGAUUUCUUUGUGUACAGGACGCAGAGGAGGUUGAGUGAUCCGAGUGCAAAUUUAAAUAAUUUCGUUAGGGGUGGAUGGAGAACUAAGUUGGAUGUGAAAGCAAAAUCUGAAAGUGAAGGAUUGGAUCGCAUCGAUAACGGGGUAACUGAGAUUGAAGCUGGAGAUUUGAGAGAUGAUAAGACUGGUUCUGAUUCCAAAUCCUAUGCUACAUGCUGUGGGUGUUUUCGAAGAGGAAAUCAGGAAUCCCUUCUAGAUAUGUACAGCCUAGAAAUGUUCAGCAUGGGGUGUACUGAUCAUGAUCACAAAAAUUGUAUUCAAAGGACUAGAUUGGGACCUCCUGGCAGUGACUGCUUUUCUGCAAUUUGCAAAGAAAAUAGAACAUCAGUGAUAACAGAAUCCCAUCAAAAUGCUAUUUCUACUGAAUGUGAACUAGCUGAUGACGCAAUUUCUUUAGAUGAAACGAAAAAUGUGCAUUAUCCUUCCAAAUAUCAUGAGCUGUCGAAAAAUAUGUAUAUAAUUGUUAAUGGUAAAGAAGAAUUACCUUGCGUUCAUCAAGUGAAUCAUUGUUCUGAAAAAACACCCAAGUAUAUCAGAAGAAUAGUUGGGACUAAUCAAUCGAUAAUUAAUAAAUUGGUGAAUCAAGACGAUGCCAUGCUACUGACAAAUCAUGAUGGCAAUUUCAAUAAAGUGAAUAUCAAGAAUGUAUUCGGUUAUUGUACUCUUCCAAAAAAUGAAAGAAGUGAUUCCUGUAAGAAAUUCUGGUUGAAACAAACUAAUCCACCGAUGAGGAUUACUCCAGAUGGAACUCAUAUACAUUAUUGGUGUGAUAUGGAUAAGAAAUAUGAUAAAGAACUGGAUGAUGGGUCCUUCAAUCCUCUGUGGGCUAUGCGUGGAUUCACGCAGACAUUCCACUUCUGGAAAGAAAACAAGAGAGCACAAUCAGUCCCAUUGAACGCAUUUCUAACUUAUAUCACACUGCCUUGGUGGAGCAUAGCUAAAGAUAUUUUGGACCAUCGAGAGGGGCCUAUUCUGACGUUCUAGCAGAACAGUGAAUGGAUUUGUUGAAAUGAAAUGAUCGACUACAUGAGGAAUGUGAGUGUAUCUGAAAUCCGA